AACCAAUCAAAAUGCCUUUUGUAAUAAGCUUUAGAAGUUAGAAUUCCUUUCAGUGACAGCAGAAAAAAUACCCAGCCAUGAGUUUAACAGAGAUCAGUGAGAACACCAAGAUGGGGCGUGAAAAUGCUCUGCUGGGCAACUACGACACUUCUCUGGUGUAUUAUCAGGGUGUGAUCCAACAGAUACAGAAACUACUGCUCACUAUCAAAGAUCCCUCUCGAAAACAGAAGUGGCAGCAGGUGAGGCAGGAAAUUGUAGCAGAAAUGGAGCAUGUGAAGGACAUCACUCAGAUCCUGUCCAGUUUUAAAGCAGAAAAUAACCGAGCGUAUGGAAGAGGGGGAGAUAACCCUGGGGAUUUUUGGUCUCAUGAUGAUUACUGUCGUCAUGAGGAGCCCACCAGAGAUCCAGAUGUCUGGCCUCCUCCCACUCCAGUAGAACAUAAGCCAUCUCCACCAAUCAGAGGAGGUGUAAGAGCAGCAGCCCGUAAACCUGACCCUAAAGGAGGCCGUGCGGGUAGAGCUCCCUCAGGCAAUGACCGUGUCAGACCUGCUGGUAAUGCUGAUAGACGAGGGGCCGACCGAGGACGAGAUAACAGGGCAGAGCGGCCAGUUAGGGGCAAAGACAGGGAGAAAAAGGCUGCUGAUGAGGAGGAAAAAGAGAAGAGGUUUGACCCCAGUGGUUAUGACAAGGAUUUGGUGGAGAACCUGGAGAGAGACAUCGUACAGAAAAACCCAAAUGUACACUGGGAUGACAUAGCUGACCUGACAACAGCGAAGAAGUUACUGGAAGAGGCUGUUGUUUUACCCAUGAUGUUGCCAGAGUUUUUCCAGGGCAUUCGCAGACCAUGGAAGGGUGUUCUCAUGGUGGGGCCACCUGGCACAGGAAAGACGAUGUUAGCCAAAGCUGUGGCUACAGAAUGCCAUACUACCUUCUUUAAUGUCUCUUCAUCAAGCCUCACAUCCAAAUAUAGAGGGGAAUCUGAAAAACUGGUCCGGCUCCUCUUUGAAAUGGCUCAGUUCUAUGCGCCAAGUACUAUAUUUAUAGAUGAGAUAGAUUCUAUAUGUUCCAAGAGAGGCUCUGACUCGGAGCACGAGGCCAGUAGACGAGUGAAGUCAGAACUGCUUGUUCAGAUGGAUGGUGUGACAGGUGCUACAGGCAAUGACCCCUCUAAGAUCGUAAUGGUUUUGGCUGCGACUAACUUCCCCUGGGACAUAGAUGAGGCCUUAAGAAGGCGGCUAGAGAAAAGGAUCUAUAUCCCUCUGCCGACAGUGGUGGGUCGUGAGGAGCUGCUCAAGAUUAAUCUGAAGGAGGUAGAGAUUGACAGUUCUAUCAACCUGACCAUGAUAGCAGAGAAGCUGGACGGUUACUCCGGAGCAGACAUCACUAAUGUCUGCAGAGAUGCUGCUAUGAUGCCUUUCCGCAGAAGAAUCCAGGGUUUAACACCAGAGGAAAUCCGCAAUGUUCCCAAAGAAGAGUUGAUACUGCCCGUAUCCAUGGCUGACUUUGAGGAGGCCAUGAACAAAGUCAGCAAAUCUGUGUCUAAAGCAGAUCUUGAAAAAUAUGAGGCUUGGAUGAAAGAAUUUGGAUCAACAUGAGGGACUACAAAGCACGCUGAAGAUUGCUACAGAAAACUGCCUGUUCACAAAAGAUGUGAUUUCUCAUGAGAAGAGGUUUUCUAUGCUGAUAGUAUUAAAUUAAUUGUAUUUUCAUUUAUACAUAGAGAAGUAUAACCCACUGAAGUAGUCAGUCCAGGCACAGUUUUGGUCUUGCACAAACAAAAAAAAGACAUUCCAUGCAAACCCAUUGGAAGUCAAGAAAAAAUUGUCAAUUGGCACAGUCAUUGCCUUUUCACUCACAUGCACAAUCAUGACUAAAACCUGUUUUGUACAUUCUUUACCAUAAAUUAAAUGACUUUAGCAGCAAAGCCACUUUUUGUGAUCUGUACUAGCUGAUAAGGAUCUUACUCGGCUUUCAAACUUUAAUCCCUUCUUGAUUGAUUGAUUAAUUUGUGUUUAAACAAAUGCUCAAGAAUUUUUAACUUGUAUGAUGGUGGUCAUAUUUGUGGGUGGAGGAAACUGGGCUAAACUCCGGACCUUCUUUGUAUACUAAUCUUAUUGAGUAAAAUACUGGUGAUUUAUCAGCUGUUUUAUCCGAUGAGCUCUUAACAGAUGUAUAAUGCAUUUCAACAAAUGCAGUAGUUUUGUUUAUACACAACCUUUGUCAGGAUUGUGGGAAGGAGAAAGCACGGAACAUUGGCAACCA